GAUGAAAAUCCUCUGAUCCGGAAGACUACAUAAGAACCGGAUGUCUCGCUACAACCCGCUAAAGACUAAGUCACCCAAAUCGGAAGACUAGCGCGGAUCUCUUUCUCACCCGGAAGUCUGAGAAUGACUCCUCUGGAUUUGUCAGCUAAGAACCGGAUGCCUCAAGGAAGACCGGAAUUCUCAAAAAGCGGACAAACACUUGAUCCCAUCACCUUCUCCAAAAUCAAGCAUCUCAAGACUGCCAUGGAGAUAUGGCAAGGUCUUGGGAAGCUAUGUGAGGGAUCAGAGGACUUGAGAAAGCAGAAGAUAGAAGUCCUACUUGAGAAGUUCAAAGGCUUCAAAAUGCUUCCCGGAGAAUCAUUUGAUAUGUUGGAUGAAAGGUUCCACAAAAUCUUGAAUGAUCUUGCCUCACUUAACCACGUUCUUUCUCCCAAAGAAAAGAAUGUAAGGUUGCUGAGAUCACUCCCAACUGAGUGGUACACCAAAGCCACAGCCAUGGAAGAAGGAAGAAACAUGGAAAACUACACUGUUCAAGGUCUCCUUGAUGAACUCAGAACCUAUGAGCACGAGCUGAAAAAGAAGAAGGAAGAACAAAUCACUCCCUUCCCCACGGCAUUGAUGACAACUUCAAGAAUUCCAUCAACAUGCCCGUACCCAAAAGUGGAGAAGUACGGAGAAAGAGAAAGGAUCGAGAAGAAAAAGAAAGCAAUGGUUGCUGCUGAAAGUGACGAGUCAUCGAGCUCAAGCUCGGAUGAAGAAGCCCUCGUCUGCAUGGAGCGCAGAGUUGAGAAGUCCAACCAUGAGGAUAGGUGGACUAUGUCAGAAGAUGACACUCUCUGCCUAAUGGCCAAAGAUGAUGCUGAUCAAGAGGUAACCUCACAAACCUCCUGCUCAUCUUCUUAUAGCACACCAACUUCUGAAAAUCUUUUUGACCAGUUCAAAAAGAUGAUGAAAGACUUUGAGGAGAUAAAUCUCAAACACACAUCCUUAACAGAAGAGAACAAACUAUUGAGUGAAGAGAAUCUCAAGUUGACUGAAAGUCGGAAAAGUCAACUGAAUGAGAUCACUCAACUCAAGACUGAAAAUGAAUCUCUCUCUGAAAAGGUGAAAUCCCUUAACAAAGAGCUAGGGAUACUCAAGUCCCAAGAAGCAGUGAACAAGCUGCUUGAAACGACCAAACAUAAGGGUCGCAAAGGACUUGGAGAUAGGCCGUCCGCUCCACUGAGACGCCAAAACAGGAGAAUGGAGUCAUCACCAUGUCUUCUUCCUCUUCCUUCUCCUAUAAAAGACUACCACAACUCCCUCCAUUCUUCACCAUUUCUUACAAAGUUUCAUUCUAUUCUGUUGCUCGGAGUGAGGAGAACGUGGUGGUGCUGUCGUAUUGGUGUGAGGUCGCCGGAGUUGAGAGCUAUCGUCGCCGGAAGUUUCGCCAGAAAAUCUUCAAAACCUUCAUUUACCUUCGAGCAUGACCAUGAGGUUCUGGAUCUAUCAGACAAGGAUGAAGAAGUCAAUGAAGGAGAUAGAAUGAAGCCCACGGAGUUCAUUCCAUUCAGAAGUCUGCCUGUGAAGACCUCACAGAGAAAUCCGGAUUUAGACAGUGCUGAGCCCUCCGGAAAUUUUGGCCAGCCUUCCAAUAUUCCGGAUCUCUCAAACGGCGAUAAUUCCGGAAAUGGCGACCCAGUGCCAAUCCAUCCGGAAAAACCAACAACUUCUGUUCUUUAACCAGAAGCUGAACUAAAUCAACCAGUCAAUC